UUGAAUUGAAAUUGGUGAUUUAUCUUACUUUAUUUUUUUGACCUAUCUUGAUGUAAUUUGAAGUUGUGAGAUUUGUGACCUAUCUUGGAUAUAAUUUCGCAAUAUCGAAACAUUGAAUUGUGUAGAGUUUGUUUGACAAUUUGUAGGAUAUGUUGAAUGCAAGAAAUUAUUGAAUGCAAAACUAUAGAGAUUAGAUGGUUAGGACUUUAUGCUACUGAGAAACUAUAGAGUUUUGUAUGUAGGCACGCGAAUAAUUAGGUUAUUGUCUACUCGAAAUUAUAAGAACACGGAUAUGGUUGGAAAUCGAUAACUGAAAGAUGUGUUUGGUUCUGGGAAUCCUUUUGCGAUAUAGACGAUUAAGGGUUUGUGAGAUUUUGUAGAAUAUGUUGAAUUUAAGAAGGCUUGCUUCUUGAUAAUUUUGAUAGUUUAGGUCAGGAAGAGAUAAUGAUAUUUAGAGGUAGGAAACUGUAGUGUUUUAUCUAGGCACGAGAUGACGAGAAUCAUUAGGUUUUUGUCCGGUCGGAUUCAUAUCAAAACGGCAGCGAUUGUUAAUCUCAGGAAUCUAAAACUGAAAGUUAGAUUUCUAGGAUUUGAUAAUUAAAUUUUAAGAGUUCGUUGAGAAUUUGUAGAAUAUUGUUGUGUGCAAGAAGGGUUUGAAUUUUGUUUCUUGAAUUUUUGGUAGUUUAGGGUAAGUGAAGAUGAUGAUGUUUGGAGAUUGAUAUACUAUUGAGAAACUAUAGUGUUGUAUCUAGGUUCCUGCCUGGUGGGAAUAAGAAACAAGUGGCUGUAAUUGCUGCUAUAUGUGAUUUUUGUAAACCAAAAUCUGAAAGCUUGGCUUUGUAUUGGAUGUUAUUGCUCAGAUAACCUGAAAAUAUAUUUGAGUGCUAUAACUCUAGAUCAAGGAAAACUAAUCGCAGAUUGUGAAAAUGGUGAAUAAGUUUAUAUUGCAUAUGUAGAGAUUGUAGAAUGCAACUUAAAACACUUUUAGGGUACCGAAGGUAGUCUUGAAAGAUAUGUAAAUUUGAAACAGAGAACGUUUAACUAUACUAAGUUAACUAGAACAUGAUUCAGGCGAAGUAGAAAAUAGGGUAUGAGAUGUGCUUUGUUCAAGAGGUAGAGGAAUUAAAGAUCAAAGUUGUUGAUUUCAUUAGAAAAAUGCACAUGGAAGAACAUUAGGAUAGUAAGUAUAAUCUACUUUGGGCACGGCAAAUGUUAAUCAUGCAUUACCUGCUUUUAUGUUUGUCCUGAUAUUACCUAACAAGUAGAAAAUACAACUGUAAAGCAUGUAAGUUAGCGUCUGGAUUAGCAUUUCGAUUCAGAGGUAAAGACGAGUACUCUGUGCAGUUUCUUUUACUUGCUACCAAUCUUUUAAACUUAUGUUUACUUGAAAUUAAAGUAGGAACAGUAACUAUUCGGUCAGAAUGGAAUACCUUGUAGUACAAUCUUGUUUCGUUAGUUCGGCUAUGUGUCCCAAGUCAUGCUAGAUUUGAUUGUCGAAGCAAAACUUGUAUUGUGUUGGUCUUACAGGAAGUCGAGCUAUUUUAAGAAUUAAAUCUUUCAGUCUUUGCACCCUUUGCUGUGUGCAUUAGCUGCAUAAAACAGAAGCAUCACGUUACUAUGUACCAGUACUUAUUACUUUCUCAUGUGAAUUUCAAAGUAGUCUCGAAAGUUUAAUUAUUUUUCCUUUUGGCCAGCUAUUACUUGAUAUCUUUUGUAAUUUUCUAGAAUGUUUUUAUAAUGAAUACCAAUGAGCGCCAAAUGAUUUUUGGCUUAAAGGUGAUGCAUUUUCUUUCGGAACAUACAUGGAAGUGAUAGAUGAUUUUGUUGUUUCAUCUGGGAUCGAGUGCUUCAAGAAACAUCUUGGACGACUUUCACUGCUAGGAAGGAGAGAGUACAUGACUCUAAAUCCUGUUUAAGGAUCUGCUCCGGAUUAUCAGCGACCUGCGCUAUGUGCAAAAGAUCUCUACUAAAUCUCGUGUACAAGCGAAGGAACUCUAAUAGUAUUUUAGCUGUAGUGGGGAAAAACAAUAUAAAGGGUGGUGGUAGCUUUCGUCUCUAUAAUUGUUCUGCAGUAGGGCUGGAAAAUAAUAGAAACUGUGUCAAUAGUGGUGGUUCUCUUUCCUACGGUUGUUCUGCAGCAAAUCUUGUGUACGAGCGCAAAAACUCUACUAGAUUUGUAGCUGAAGGGCAGGAAAGCGAUAAAGGUCCUAUUGGUGAUUCACUUACCAACAAUUUUUCUGCACCAAACUUUGUUUACAGGCGUAGAAACUCCGCUAGUCUUCCAGCAGCAGCAGGGUUGGGAAACGAGAAAAAUAGAAGUGUAGGUCAUCUUUCCUACAAUUGUUCGGCUCCAAAUCUUGUGUACAAGCGUCGAAAAGCUGUUAAUCUUCUAGCAGAAGCAGAGAGGGACAACAAUAGUCACGGUAGCGGUGGUUGUCUAGCUGACAAUUGUUCAAUACCAAAACUUGUGUACACGCGAAGAAACCCUAAUAGUCUUCUAGCAGAAGCAGAGCGCGAAAACAAUAGUAACGAUAGUGGUGGUUGUUUAACUUACAAACCUUCAAAACCAUGUCUUGUGUACCAGCGAAAAAUCUCUAAUAAUCUUCUAACAAAAGCAGGGGGUGAUAACAAUAGACAAGGUACUGGUGGUUGUGUUUCUUAUAAUUGUUCUGCACCAAAUCGUAAAAACUCUACCAAUCAUCUAGCAGAAGCAGGGCAGGGAAACAGUGGUGGUGGUUCUCUUACUUACGAUCGUCCUGCACCAAAGCUUGUAUACAAACGUAGAAACCGUACUAGUUUACCAACAACACAAGGAGGAGAAGACAAUAGAUGUGGUGGUGGUGUUAGUCCUUCCUACAACUGUUCUGAACCGAUUUUUGUGUACAAGCAUAGAAACUUUUCUAAUCUUCUAGCAGCAGCAACGUGGGAAAACAAAGAAGACAAUAGUGGUGGCUGUGCUUCCUACAAUUGUUCUGCGCCAACUCCUGUAUACAAGCGUAGAAAAUCUACUAAUCUUCUAGCAGCAGCAAGGUGGGAAAACAAAGACAACAGUUGUGGUGGUUGUCUCUGCUGCAUUUGUUCUGUACCAAAUCUUGUGUACAAGCGUAGGAAAACUAGUAAUCUUCCAACUGCAGAGCUGAAAAACAAUAAAGAAGGUAGUGGUAAAUGUCUUUGCUGCCGUUGGUCUGAAAUGCCUUCAUUGUCAGCAGAAAAUGAUCACAAUAUUUUCUCGAAUACUGGGAAUGGUAGUCACACUGGCAGAGAAGAUCCUGUUUCUUCCUCAUGUUUACGCAACAAUGACAUAACUGCUGAUGGGAGAUCAUCCUUAUCCCAGCAGGUCUUUCCAGUAAAGUUUGAUAUUGCUCAUUAUAUGAGACCUAAGAGUUCAGAGAUUUCUUUAAAGCGCAUUAAUAUGGAAUGCUCUACUGGCGAAGUAGAAGAAUUUGAUGAAGCACAAAAUAAUAGUGUCCAAAAAUCAGCUCUUGGAUGCUGCAAUGUAAUUGGUAGCUGUUCGUCGGCGAAAUCUUACGUCGAUGGUUCGGGUUCCGUGAAAAGUGAUUUGGAAGAUGCAGGGGAAUGUUCCUCAUCUGAUAUUUUGACAACAAAUCAGUUAGGGGAAUGCUCAACAGAAAAAGAACUCAUAUAUAUACUUCUACGAGAUGUACUUCAUCAGCAGGUUUGUUCUAGGAGAAAAUCCACGUCCAAUGAUGUUGUGGGUUCUAGCAGUGCUGCUAAAUAUAAACUUCAGUCAUGCAAAAUAUGUGACGGUUUGGAAAAUUCACUGAGUAUGUUGAUUUGUGAUAAUUGUGAGGAGGCAUUUCAUAUUACUUGCUGUAAUCCCAAGGUAAGAAAGAUACCAGUGGAUGAGUGGUAUUGCCAGCCUUGUUCAAGGAAGCAACGGAGACUUCCUCGAAAAUCACUAAAUGCAAGAGCAUCCAGGAGGAAGAGUGCAGCACCGAAAGAUCAUAUAGCGUCCAUGUUAAGUGAUACUGAGCCAUAUACUACAGGUGUUCGAAUAGGAAAAGAUUUUCAAGCAGAUGUUCCUGACUGGUCUGGUCCCAUUUCGAGUGAUGUUGAUUUUGUUGGUAAAGCAAUGGAUCCUACAGAAUGUGAUACUUUAUGUUUGAAUGCCAAGAAACUCCCAGCCCCCAGUUCUGCUGGUAAUUGGCUUCAAUGUCAAGAGGUUUUGGUUGCAAAUACAGAAGUGGAAAUUAUUUGUGGAAAGUGGCGAAGGGCUCCUCUUUUUGAAAUCCAAACUGAUGAUUGGGAUUGUUCUUGCGCUCUUCGUUGGGACCCAAUACAUGCUGAUUGCGCUGUUCCUCAGGAGCUCCCAACAGAUCAAGUUCUAAAGCAACUCAAAUUUAUAGAAAUGUUGAAGCCAAAAUUAGCUGCUAAAAAGCAAAAAUUAACUCACACAAAGGGUGAUACAGAGGACAUUAGAAGUGUAACCUAAGAAACAUGGUGGUGAUCCUUGACAGAUUAGGAUAUAGGUAAGUAAAAUUCUUUUGUCUUCAAAACGUAAGUUGUACAAUUCAGUAACUGAUAUAGUAAAAGGGUUAGCAACUUUUUAUAUAGUUUCUUCCUGUGGUAUAUAAAUUCAAAAGUGUAUAUGAAUAUAAAAAAUUUAGUAUUCCCACAAUUGACAGACAAAACUGUCAAACACAAUGUACUCCUUGGUUUCAGCAUUUUGAAGGAGUUAUCAGACAUUUCAUCGGCAGAUGUUUUGGCAGCCAGGAUUACUCUUAUGCAGGCCUAUUGGGGUAAACUGGGUUUACCUUUUCUAGGUCAUUUCUUGGGUUUUCUGGAUUUGGUAUACACCUUUUCGGCGCCUCCUUUUACAUUCUUCAUCUCUUGGAUGAGGGGACAUUCUUUUCAUUUCAAUGUCUCAUGGGGAAUGGCUUCUCCCUUUUCUUUUGUCUAUUAAAUAUCCGUGAACUUGUAAAUUUCCAGUAUUUAUCAGUCAUAUAUAAAGAUAGAUUUUUCUUGU